GUAAGACGUAGAAGGUAAAAUAUAAUAAAAAGAAAACAGAGAUACAGUGGUGCGACAAGAGAAAAAAUGCUGAAUGACGACUGUUAGAAAUUCGCAUAUUAACUGCAGGUGUGCUAUCACAUAGCCCAUUCUCCGUAUCCACAUACAAUCCCUUCUUCAGUGGUAAUACCAUAGCUGUUAUACGUGAGAGCUGGUGAACAUCCAAAGAGCAAUUUCAAAAUUGCUUAUCAAUACUUGCAUUUCCCUCACAUUACAAAAAAAACAUCUCGGUUUCUUGACUAGUCACACACAAGUAUACUAGAGUAAAUAUUCAUGUUUUUUUUGUCUUUGGGGGAAAAAAAUAUUUUCGGUAAUCAAAAAGUCUGUGUGCGGCAAGAAUAUACUUUGUUUCUACUUCAAAAAGCAUUUUUUUUAAAUGAGGUGAUUAAAGUCAAUCGAUUUACUUAUUUUAUUUAUCAUAAUUGUCGAGGGGGUCCGCAACAGGUCUCACCAACGUUCAAAAAAUUCAUGAUAUUAUUCUUGUUGGUGGCGGUAGUGAUGUUUCCAAAAGGUUCUUUUUUCUACAUGGGUAGACACAUUUUAAGGGGAACAGCGGUAGAUCCCCAAGUAAUUUCCUGUUUGGAUCCGUUGCCUCAGAGUGUUCUGAAAAUUAGGUGGUGUUGA